UAUUUCGAAAUGGCUGAAUAGACUCCAAAGUUAAAAUGCCGACGCCGCCGACUACGUGCAAGGCACUCGUAAAAGAUUAUUGCGAAAACUGUACAUUUGCUGGAGUGCACUUUAUUGCUGACGAUACGAAACAUUGGUUUGAGAGAUGGUUCUGGUUGGCUCUAGUGAUUCUCUCGUGGUACGGUUCCGCUAUCCUGAUCAUAGCGGCAUGGGAUGCGUUCCGGGACAGUCCCAUCAGCUUCGGCUUGGAGACCACGUACACCAAGUGGAACACGGAACUGCCCUCGGUGGCUGUGUGUGAGGCCUCUAAUGAUGAUAAACUUUUCAGCGUGUGUGAUGCCAUUUGGCCUCCGGACCACCUUUUGGAUCUGGAAGACGCCUUAAAGGACAUCACCUACUUCCGUGGAAUUUCGUACAGUCUCACCGAAGUCUGUGCUAUCGAAAAACCUGACCCUGGUUGUCUCUUGUCUAAUUACAGCUACUACGCCAGUUUGAUACGCAGUGCUUGCCCGGAAAUCAUAGUAAAUUGUUCUUACAAUGACGAGCCCUUCGAUUGUUGCGAAUACUUCCAGCCCAUAGAAACUGACGUGGGAACCUGCUUUAUCAUCAAUUCCAUUCAAACUGAGAAACCGAAACCAUUUCCGAUGGUAAGCAAUAUGAGAAAUAAGCGGUCAAGCAUUAAGUUCGAAUUGUUAUUGCCCUCAACGAUGUACACAUUGGGGAAUGAUGAGGUCCCAAGUAUUACUACGUUACAGUCAUCAACUAUGAAAAUUCAACUCGGACAUAAAUAUAGUCGCCAAGUUGCGGUGCGGGAUAUCGAGAAUGAUCCACUGAUAGUGGAGACGAGUUCUGAGCAGCGAGCUUGUAGGUUCCACAGUGAGAACGAGGACGGCCUGUACCCACACUAUUCGUACAGUGCCUGCACCGUGCUAUGCCGGAAACGAGCGCAGAUGGACAUUUGUAAAUGCAACGAUCAUUUUAUGCUUGGCACGCCUGAAUCAGAUCGCUGCAACAUAUCGGGUCUCGCAUGCAUACACGCGCACGCCAACUAUCUGACCACCCUCAAACCGCACUGGGCCACCCGACCGGGGCUCUCUUGUGACUGCCUCCCGUCUUGUGACGAGACGGAGAUCACCAUAAUUAAAGACGUUGAUAUUUCACAUCGCUUAAAGAAGGAUAAGAAAAAAGCAACAGUAGAAAUGGUCUUAGCUUACUUGCCCACUGAAAGGUACAAACGGAACGUCGUAAGAAGCCGCCUUGACCUCGUCGUAUCAGUCGGCGGAACUACGGGUUUGUUCGUCGGAGCCAGCAUUAUAAGCUUCGUAGAACUGAUUUGUUAUUUCACCAUUCGCUUCUGCAUAAACAUCUGGCUAGAGCGGCGGGCAAGAAGAACUACUGUCGUACUGCCUCAAGACACUGAAACAGUGCGGAUUGCGGAUAAUAGAGAGCAGAACGAAAAUAAUGAUCAACGUCCGUACACUAGCAGUGGAGUCCCACAGUCCAAAGAAGAGUAUGACAAUUUUUAUUCACAAUCUAGUAACGAAUAAUAAGUUAUACC